GCCUGUCGUACGAGUCAAAAACGCAGCGAGUUGCCGUGUAGAUAUAUGGUCGCCAAAAACCUUCUGUGGUCGACUCUUCCUUUUCUAUUCUUGUUUUAUUUUUUUGCAUUUCUGUCGCUGUUCUUGGCGUUAGAGGCGCACAAGUAUUCCUUCAAAUGGCCUUUUCUCUUCGCUUCUUGCUGUAAUCUCAUUUACCCCUAUUUUAGUGCUUGGGCUUUGUCCUUCACUCUGUCGCUCUUUCCUCUUUCUUUCAGUCAUUCAACUUUUGCCCAUUUGGCACUUUUAUUUUCACUUUAGCACUUUUUGAAUUUGUGCAUUCGAAUUCCGGUUUCUUUUGUUUGUCUGUUUGCUGCUCCACUGCUGCCCUCGCCAAAGCGCUUGUGUGGAGAUGCGCUUUCUCUGUC